AAAAGGUUUGGUCGCAUAUAUCACCCAAUUUCCAACCCAUCGGAACCAAAACCAACCUCCGAAAACAAGACAUAAACCAAAGCUUAGAACACCAGAACUCAGAAACGAAGUCCUUUUUUCUUUUCUUGCGGAAAUCAUUUUGGAAUCAAUCAACUUAAUGGAUACGGUUUUGGAAGAUGAAGAGUACAGUUACAGAGAAGUAAAGUUGCCAACGUUGAUCCCAAUAGUUCCAGAGCCAGGGUUGGAGAGGGAGUCAGGGGAAAGAAGGAGAGGCAGAGAUAUAGUAAUAGCCGUUGAUCAUGGUCCCAACAGCAAGCACGCCUUUGAUUGGGUGCUUAUUCACCUCGUCAGGCUUGCUGAUACCAUCCAUCUUGUUCAUGCUGUUUCCAGCGUCAGAAACGAGAUUGUUUAUGAGAUCAGCCAAGGACUUAUGGAGAAGUUAGCUGUGGAGGCGUUUGAGAUUGCCAUGGUGAAGACUACAGCUCGAAUUGUGGAGGGGGAUGCAGGUAAGGUUAUUUGCAAGGAAGCAGAAAGAUUGAAGCCAGCAGCAGUGGUUAUGGGAACCCGUGGCCGAAGCUUAAUACAAAGUGUACUUCAGGGAAGUGUGAGCGAGUAUUGCUUCCACAAUUGUAAAUCUGCUCCUGUCAUAAUCGUUCCUGGGAAAGAAGCUGGAGAUGAAUCACUGAUAUAGUGGAAUCAGCAAACGUGAAAAACUAAUACUCAUCAGAUUUGUGUGUUAAAAGCUGAUAGUCAUCAGAUUUGUUUGUUUGUGUGUGAUGGUCCUGUAUAAUUUUACCAUACAAUUUGUUGCGUGUAAUUUAUUGUUUCUUAUCUGAUUAGCUUGAUUAGCUGAAAUCCUAAUGUAUGUGAAUGACUUGAUUCGAAAUGAACUUGAUGCAUGUAAUAUUUUCUUCUAUAAUUGCUGGAUUUUGGUCAUCCUAAAAGACAGCA